AUUUUAUAUUUUUUUUUUCUUUCUUCAAUAUAUUUAAAUACUAAUUCUAUUUUAUAAUUCAAUAAUAAUAAAAAAUAGUAUUUGUAUUCAUAGAUUAUAAAAAUAAUAUAAUUUUAAAUUAAGAAAUCAACACCGCUACAGAAUAUACAGAGAUUAUUUCUCAAAUAAUAAUAAUAAUAAUUACAUAUAUAAAAUAAAAUGGAUGAAGUAUUAGAAAUGAUUGCUGAUGCCGUAUCAUCAUUAGUUAUUGCUAUAACUGAUAGUGAAGAAAAGAAUACUCUUUUUGGUGAUAUGGUACCAGGUGUAGAGUUAAUUCAACAAGCAGUUAAUGGUAUGGCAGAGGCUGCAGAAGAAACAUUAACAUUAAUUGAUGAUGAAUUUAAAUAUCAAUUAGAAGGUACAUCAAAGAAAUUAAAGAAUUCAGCAGGCCAAUUAUAUGUUCAUGCUGUUCGUGCUAGAGAAGAUCCAUGGAAUAGAACUCCACAAAAAGAUGCAAUUAAAGCAGCCAAAGAAAUUUUACAAAAUGUUGUAUUAUUAGUAUUAAUUGAAGAACAAUCAAAUAUUAAAGUAUUAGUAAAUAUUGCAAAGAAAGCAGCAGAAGGUGUAAAGAGAAUUGAUGAAAUUGAAAAUAUUAAACAAUUAGAGAUUAUGGUUGGAGAUGUUAAUCAAUUACAAGGUGAAUUAGUCAAAAGAUCACAACGUCGUUCAGAGGGUAGCCACAAUCCAGAGCUUCGUUCAAAACUUGAAGAUAUUGCAACAAUGGUUAAUAUUCUUAGUGAGCAACAUCAAGCUUCAGCACGCCAAGUAUGCGGCAAUCCAAGAGAUGAAGUUUUAAAAUCCAAGCGUUCAGAACUCUCUUCAAAAUUAUUAGGUUCAAUCGAUGAUUUAAUUUAUACAAUCAAAUUAAUUUUCGAAACCAAUACCAAGUUUGUAGAUUUAGCAUUCAAAUGGAAACCAAUUCGUACAAUGGCUGAAGAUGAAGUUAAUCGUGCUGGUGCAGCAUUAGUUGAUAAUCUCCGUACUCUUCCAAAACAAAUUGAAAUGGGUAAUGGUGCUGCUGCAGCUAGAGAAAUUGUUAACAAUGCCAAUCUUCAAAUUUCAAAUGCUAUCAUUGUUGCAAACCGUUGUCAAGAUCCAGUUAAAAAGAAGAUGUUAUUAAAACAAAUUGAAGAUCUUAAGAAAUUAACUCCACAAUUAAUUCAAGCAAUGAAACCAGUAUUAGAAAAUCCAAAUGAUGAAGCAGCCAAGAGACAUUUAGAUAAUGUUAUUUUCGCCACACAAAAAGCUUCAGAAGCUCUUACUACCGCUGUUGUUUCAAAUCCAGCUGAAAUCGUUGCUGCAUCUGGUGUUUCAUUAGCUAGAGAGCUCGACUCACUCGAAGAGGCUAUCGCUGCAGGUGAUAAGAAACGUGCUGAAGUUUUACUUUCACAUAUCCCAACUGCCAUCGAUAAACAUAUCGAAUUAGCCAAUGCCCUCUUAGAAAGUGUUACCGAUCCAGGUCAACGUCAUCAAAUAAAGACUGCCAUUGCUAAGUUAGAAACCCUUAAACCAAAAAUUAUUAGCAAUGCCAGAAAAGCUAUUGAUAAUCCAAAUGAUCACGAAGCUCGUAAACAAUUAUCAUCAGAUAUUAAAGAAGCCAAAUCAGCCAUUGGUCAAAUCUCCCAACCAUAUGAAAUUGUUUCAGCACUCAAUACUAAAAUUCACAAUGAUCUCGAUAAUCUUCUUAAAUGUAUUGAUGAAGGUGGUCCAGAGAUGCAAUACAAAGGUGUUCAAUAUGCUAAAGAUAUUGCCAAUCAUAUCAAGAAACAAAUUGAAGCCGCAGAACAAUAUGCUCAAACUAUUACUGAUCCAGAACGUAAGAGACAAGUUUUAGAAGCCAUUGAAAACCUCAAGAAACUUACUCCACAACUCUUAGAAUCAAUUAAAGCAUGUUUAGCCGAUCCAAACGAUAAAGAAGCUCGUAGAAGAUUAGAAGAUGUUAUCAGCAGAGUCAAAGAAGCCAGUAGCACUCUUGCUCAAGUUAUUCAACCAACUUCUGAUGAAUUAAAAGAAGAAAAGAGAAAGAGAAACGAAGAGUUGGCUAGAGUUGAAGCUGAAGAAAAAGCUAGAAUUCGUGCUGCUGCUCAUGCUGCAGAAUUAGCUAAAAUGGAAGCUGAAGAAAAGAAACGUAUUGCUGCUGCUGAAGAAGAAAAGAGACGUCUUGCUGCUGAAGAAGAAGAAAGAAAACGUGCACCAAAAUUCAAUAUCCCAGAAGGUCCAGUUAAUAAAGCUGUAUAUGUUGCUGCCGAAGAAGUCAAAGAUGCUCUUCAAAGUAAAGUUCGUGAUGGUACACCACUCGGUAUUUUAGUUCAAUUAUCUGAUGAAAUUGCUCAACAAAUGGCUCUUAUCAGUAGUUUUGCUGCUCAAGGUGAUGUUAAAGGUAUGAUUAUGGCUGCACGUAAGAUUGCUGAUACCAUCAAACAAGUACAACAACAAGCUAAGCAUAUUGCUGAUAAUUGUUCAGACGCAAGAUUAAAACAAAAUGUUUUAACCUAUUGCGAUUGUGGUGGUAAUUUCUCUACACAAUUAAAAAUUUUAUGCGCUGUAAAAUCAAAUGACUUUAAUGACCCAACUGCUGAAGAACAAUUAGUAACUUGUGCUCGUGGUUUAUCAAAUUCCGUUAUCAAUCUUGUUAAAUCUUCAGAAGCUGCUAAUAUUAAAAAAAUUAAAAAAUAAUUUAAUAAUAUUAAGAAUUAAAAAAAAAGAAAUCAAAUAUAUAAUAAAAUUUUUUGUAUAGUUUUAAAAUAAUAAU